AUGAGUACAUUCAAGCCAGGCACUAUUGGUGCAAACUUCGCAAAUACUCAAACUCAGUAUCUCGACUUCUAUCAGCAGCUCAUGGCUGGGUCUCGGUACUUUGACCUUCGACCCGUCUUGUCGAAUGGCCAAUGGGUUAGCGGACACUACAGCGCACUUGAGAAUGAUGUUCAAGAUAUCUGGGUGGGAGGAAACGGCCAGGCCGUCUCAGACAUUAUCCGCCAGAUCAACGACUUCACAGCAAAGUACCAAGAGCUCAUCAUCAUCAAUCUCUCCCACACUCUCGAUACCGACAACCAAUAUAAGGCCCUCUCGCAAGCCCAAUGGAACGCGCUCUUCGAUACUCUUAAAGGCAUCAACAACCGCUACACCGCCCCAAACCCCGGCACCACCGACUUCACAACCAAAGUCCUCGGCGACUUCAUUGCCGACCGCGCCUCCGUCUUCAUCUUCGCUCAGCUCCCCUCAGGCAUCAGUCUAGGCACUUACUCCAACCAAGGCUUUUACUCGACUGCCAACUUCCCUUUCUACGACCAAUACUCCAACACCAAUGACCGCGCCAGAAUGAAAUCUGACCAACUCGCCAAACUGGCCGCGAAUCGAGACAUCAGCGCCCGGAAAGACACGUUCCACGUAAUGUCCUGGCUGAUGACGCAACAGCCCGAAGACGUGUUGAUUCCCGAGCGCGCGAUUUUGAAUUUGGCAGCCGAUGCUUUCGACGACUUGGUUAGUGAAGCCUGGAACGCGUUCACGCCGCAGAGUUUCCCGAAUGUGCUGUUUGUGGAUGCGUUGGGUGUUAGAGACAAGAGUGUUGUGUUUCCGUAUGAUAAGGUGAGGAGUGUGGCUGUUAAUAGUGACAUCACGGCGUUGGCAAUUGCUGUGAAUAAUGAGAUGGCGGGACGGAAUGGGGCUGUUACUGGAAGGAGAGUGUGA